UUACUUUGGCAAUAUUCUGUAUAGUGGUGACAUGCGAUGGUAUCCAGAACUUGUAGAACAUCCUGUACUGAAGAGCUUGGUAGAAGCAAGAGAACUGGAUGUGCUCUACUUGGACAAUACAUUCUCAGCACCCUUUUGCAGAUUUCCAUCCAGAGAGGAAGCCAAAAAGCAGCUCUUUGAUGUUAUUGAUUCCUACCCAGACCACACAAUUAAGAUCAGUGUCCGAGAACUUGGCAGGGAAGACCUGUUGGAAGCAGUUGCAAGGAGAUUUCAAGAGAGAAUUCUUGUUAAUCAGGACAAAUUUAAGGUGUUGGAGUUACUGCAGUAUUCAGAUGCUUUUACUAAUGACCCUUCACAAGCAAGGAUUCAUGCAGUCCCAAUGUCACAGAUCCAAGUAAGAACACAUGAAAAAUGGAAUGAGGAGAACCCAACCAUCAGUAUAGUGUUGACAGCCUUAUUUGUUGGAUGGCCUCAUGGACCUUACAGUAGCCAGGCUAACAAGGGAAUCUUCAAAGUACUAUACAGUGAUCAUUCAUCCUAUGAUGAACUGAUGCAAAUGGUUGGAUGUCUCAGACCAAGACGCAUAAUCCCCAUUGUAAAGCAGUGGUCAAAGGUAGGAUGGUGGGCUGACCCUAAUGCUCCUGACCAGUCAGCCAAGUUUGACAUGUCUGUAUAUGAUCACUUACUCACUUAUCCACCACCUGAUCCUAUUCUAAUUCCCGAGGCCAUUACUCGGAUGAUGUCUCAAGGUGGGCCUUUGAUGGUAUCUCAUCAGCCUCGCCGCUGUUCCCUGCGUCAUGGCCUGGCACCCCGGCCCAGACGUGCCUUGGGGGUUCGAGGGGUAGUAUUUACUUCCCCAGAACGAGUUACAGAAUCUCCAGUACCCAGUGGUAGCAUGACACUUGAUGUUAGUUUCCGUACAGAUACAUCUUGUUCUAUUAUGCAGCCUAAACUAUAUAUCCCUAAUGUUGAUCCAGAUAGUAUUUCUAUGGCAACUCAAACACCUAGAAAAAUAUUAAAAUCAAGAAAAUUAUCCUCUGAUGAUGAUAAAGAUAACUGUGUCACAAUAUCAGACCUGAGGUUACGAAUUAUAUCACGUACUAAAGCACUGGCUGUCUCACAUUUUACUAGCCUAGACUCUGAGGAUUCCACUGGCAAUGGUAAAUCAAGCUCUGAGGUACUAAAAAAGGCCAAAACCAUUUGUCAGUCUCUCUCAUAUGUUGAUGCUCUUUUCUGAGCAGAAUAUCAAAAUUGCAUAUGUAAAUUUUAGUUAGCAAAGAAUCAGAGCUAUGGAAUUUGAAUGAGCAAUAAAUUAUAAUACACAUGUAUCUGAAAGGAAAUCCGAAUAGUACAAAUACUAUAGUCAUAUUUAUAGAUGUAAAUUGACUAAUGCUACAUGUUAUUUUUCAGAAAAUUCAACUGUGUAUUUUAUAAAUAUGGUUAGCAGUAAAAUAGUGAUAACUGAA